GAAAUAAUGAAGUAGUAACGUAUAUUGUUAAUACGCAUUUCUUCAAUUCUAAUUAUGAAACCUAAACGAAUAUUGUACAAUUUACUUUCUUUUUUACGUCUAAAUGCUUGUAUAAAAUUGAAAUAUAACUCUGAAAAUGAAGAUUCUUCUUUGUAUAAAGAUAAUAUUGAAAAUGAAGACGAAUCAAAAUGGUGUCCUGAAAAUUUCGUUUGUUUGCAACGACUCGAUAAAGGCAAUUUCGGUGAAAUAUUCCUGAUUCAACAUAAAGAAACUUCAGAAAAAGCUGCUCUUAAAGUUUUAUUUAAACAACAUUACCAAGUUUCAAAUCCGAUAUGUGUGCAGAGAGAGAGAAGAGGGUGGAAGAUGGCCUGUCGUCAUCCACAUAUUGUUACGUUCAGAACAUAUUUUGAAACUACAGAUAGUUUCAACUUCAUAUCUGAUUAUAUUCCCGGCGGCAAUCUGUACAGGUUCGUCACAAAGAACGGUCCUCUAGGAGAAUAUGUGACCAAAAUACUCACUUCUCAACUUGGUUCUGCUAUCCAAUAUAUACAUAGUAAAGGUAUUAUACACCGCGAUAUCGGUGCAAAAAAUAUCCUGUUAUCACAAGAUGGAAAUGCAUUAUUGACGGAUUUUGGCCUUUGCACAUUAAAACUAGAAUCGUGUACUUUAUGUGGCACACCCGUGUAUAUGGCACCGGAAGUUUUAAAACACGAAAAAUAUGAUAAAUCUGUAGAUUGGUGGUCCUUCGGUGUAUUAGUUUAUAUGAUGUUGGUAGGAAAAACCCCAAUUGAUAUCUAUCUGCAAGGGUUAAACAGUCCAUCUACCUCUACAAUCAUGUGCCAAACUAUUAAGGUUACAGACAGUUUAGAUCCAAGUUCAAUAUUUCCUCUAGAUUUAUCCCAAGAAGCGAAAUCUUUCAUCACGCAACUCCUGCAGAAAGAUGUUAAAAAGCGAUUGGGUUCGAGAAACGAAGAAGAAAUUAGAAAACACGAGUUUUUAAAGGGCAUUCCCUGGCCACUAGCAACACGUUAGUUGUACGGUGCAAUUUUAAAAAGUCAUGUAAAAGUAUUACACUAUUAUUAAAUUUUGUAAAUUAUUUCCUAAAUAUACGGCGAUUUUGCGGUCAGGAAACGAA